GACGGAGUGUGGCUCCCAGUCUGCGCCUCUGCCCCGCAAUAACCCGCCCUACUCUGCCGCGCUGCGCUGCGCGUCAUAACACACCUGAAACACGCAGCCUGCUGAGCUUCACCUGAGCGCUCAGAGCGGAACACAACCAGCAAACCAUGCCGGUUCGCUGCAUGAUGCGCUGCCACAGGUUGCUGCUUUUACGCUCUUCUCGGAGGUAACCUGUCAGCCUGCAUGCAUCAUCAUGGACCUCCUUGCUCUGCUGAUAUGGACUGUACCCAUCCCGCUGGCCGGCUGCAGCCACCUCAAACUUCUCUCCACCUUCCUGACUUGGAACCUCAUCAAGACUCUGCACAUUUGUUGCACACACGCCUCCCUCUCCGUUACGGCCAGCUACUCUUCCAGCCAUAUCCACGGAUUAAAUCAUGAUUACGUAUUUGUGACGCCGGUGGAGGUGGACUCAGACGGCGUGUACCUGACGCACGACGUGACCAGGAGAAGCCGCCGCAGCAGGAGGUCCCUCUCUCCUUCCUUGCACUAUCAGCUCUCUGCCUUUGGGCAGGACAUGCAGCUGGACCUGCUUCCAUCGUCUGUGGUCGGGCCGGGGUUCAGCGUGCAGACGCUCAGCUCGGACGGCAUCGCUACGGUGACGGGAGAUGAGGAGAUUCACCACUGCUUGUAUCAAGGAUUUAUUCGCAACCUGUCAGCCUCCUCGGCCGCCAUAUCAACAUGUUCUGGACUGGCGGGUCUGAUCCGUGUUUCCAAUGAGGAGUAUCUGAUCGCUCCGCUACCUCAACACCUGGCCAGCCAGCACAACUACAGCAGCCCCGAUGGUCAUCACCCGCAUGUGGUCUACAAGCGCUCAGCAGAGCACAUCGUUCAUGGACGAUUCAGCAACCCAGCCAGUUCCUCUCCAUCUCAGAAUCCCUACCUCUACCAUCAGCAUCGGCCCCAGAGACACCACGACUACCAACACGGAAAGUUGCAGCGGCAACACUUCUGCGGGCGCCGCAAGCAAUAUGCUCCUAAGCCUCCAUCAGGGGACCAGUUUAUAUUGUCUGACGAGUUUGGUCUGCCUGAGGCGGAAGAGUCAGGACGGGCCAGGAGAUCACCCAUCAACUCCAACAGGGUGGGAGGUUUGAACGUGGAGACCUUGGUGGUGGCAGAUAGGAAGAUGCUGGAGAAGCAUAGCAGGGAGAACGUGACCACCUACGUCCUCACCGUCAUGAAUAUGGUUUCCAGUCUUUUCAAAGAUGGCACCAUUGGAACAGACAUCAACAUCGUUGUGGUCAGCCUGCUGCUGCUGGAACAGGACCCUCUGGGCUUGAAUAUAAAUCACAAUGCCGACCAGUCCCUCAACAGUUUCUGCCAGUGGCAGUCGGGUCUGGUGGGAAAAGGAGGUAAACGGCACGACCACGCAGUUCUUCUCACCGGACUUGACAUUUGCUCCUGGAAGAACGAGCCCUGUGACACCCUGGGUUUUGCCCCUAUCAGUGGCAUGUGCAGUAAGUACAGGAGCUGUACCAUCAAUGAGGAUACAGGGCUGGGCCUGGCUUUCACCAUCGCUCACGAGUCUGGACACAAUUUUGGGAUGAUCCAUGAUGGCGAAGGAAACCCUUGCCGUAAGACAGAGGGCAACAUCAUGUCUCCAACAUUGGCUGGUAAUAACGGAGUCUUCUCCUGGUCCACCUGCAGUCGGCAGUACCUCAGCCGCUUCCUUGGAACGGCCCAGGCAUCCUGCCUCGGAGACGAACCGAAGCAGAUCGGUCAGUAUAAGUAUCCUGAGCAGCUUCCUGGGCAGCUGUAUGACGCAGACACGCAGUGCAAAUGGCAGUUUGGAUCAAAGGCCAAACUUUGCGGCCUCGAUUUCGUCAAGGACAUCUGCAAGUCUCUGUGGUGUCACCGAGUGGGACAUCAAUGUGAGACCAAGUUCAUGCCCGCUGCAGAGGGCACCACCUGUGGUCCAGACAUGUGGUGUCGAAGGGGUCAGUGUGUGAAAUACGGGGAGCAUGGACCGAGGGCCGUCCACGGCCAGUGGUCGGCCUGGUCCCAGUGGUCUGACUGCUCCAGAACAUGCGGAGGAGGGGUUAUGUACAGGGAACGAUCCUGCACCAACCCGAGGCCAGAAAACAAUGGUAGAUUUUGCCCGGGAUCAAGUCGACACAACCAGCUGUGUAACACUCGGCCCUGCCCUUUCAAUGCGUUGGACUUCCGGGCCCAACAGUGUGCUGAGUACAACAGCAAACCCUUCAGAGGCUGGUACUACAAGUGGAAGCCUUACACCAAAGUGGACGAGGAGGACAUCUGUAAACUCUACUGCAUUGCAGAAGAUUUUGACUUUUUCUUUGCCAUGUCGAGCAAAGUGAAAGACGGCACCUCCUGCUCCAGCCAGAGAGAAGGUGUCUGCAUUGACGGAGUGUGUGAGGCUGUGGGUUGUGAUGGCAUAUUGGGUUCCAAGGCCUCCCUUGAUGCCUGUGGGGUCUGUAAAGGAGACAACUCCACUUGCAAGUUUUUAAAGGGCCAGUACACACUUCAGCACCGGGCUAAUGAGUAUUACUCUAUGGUGACAGUGCCAGCUGGAGCAAGGAGCAUCCAUGUCCAGGAAAUGGAGGUGUCCACCAGCUACCUGGCUGUCCGUUCCCUGAAGAAAAAGUACUACCUGACCAGGGAUUGGACUGUGGAUUGGCCAGGGCGGUUCUAUUUUGGUGGGACUGUCUUCAAUUAUCAGCGUUCUUUCAACAAGCCGGAGAGCCUUUACGCCGCUGGCCCCACUAACGAGACUCUGGUGUUUGAAAUUCUACUUCAGGGAAAGAACCCUGGUGUGGUUUGGGAGUACACUCUGCCUCGCACCGAGAGGAAACCCGACUACAGCUGGGGUGUGGUGCGCUCGGACUGCUCGGCCCCCUGUGCUGGAGGUCGCAUCUCUUCAAAGGCCAUCUGUCUGCAGGACCAGCGCACCCAGGUCAACUCCAGCAUGUGUAAUCCCCACACCAGACCCACACUGGGCUCCCAUCUCUGCAACACGCAGCCCUGCCCGGCCUACUGGGCCACGGGGGACUGGGGGCCCUGCAGCCGCUCAUGUGGAGGAGGCCAACAGACCAGGGCGCUGCGCUGCAUGAGGAAGGUGACCUACCAGAGGGAGGAGGUGGCGGCCCACUCCCUCUGUCCCGUUAUCUCUCCGGCCCAAAUCCAGCCGUGCCGCACCCAGGCCUGCCCGCCGGAGUGGAGCACGGGAUCAUGGUCACAGUGCUCUAAAUCCUGCGGCCGUGGAUUGAGGAAGCGGACCGUGUUCUGCCGCAGCACUGAUCCAGGGGCCACUGCGGUGGUGGUGCCCGACAGCAUGUGCAAACAGCACCACAGGCCAAAAGCCCAGGAGACGUGCGUCUUAAGGAGGUGCCCCAAGAACGACAGACUUCAGUGGAUCCCGACGCCCUGGGGAGAGUGUUCCAGGUCCUGUGGCUCCGGCAUACAGAGAAGAGAGCUUCGCUGCGGGGAGAGAGACUCACAGGGAGGGUACGUGCAGUUUCCUGUACGGCGCUGCAGAAAUAUUGCCAAACCUUCAGUGGAUCUGCAGCAGGUCUGCAGCCGAGCUCCGUGCCCAGAGCUCCCCCGGGAGGCCUCAGGUAGAACAACCUUCAGCGGCGGGGUGUCAGGCUGGUACCCUUCUCCCUGGCAGCAGUGCUCGGUAUCCUGUGGAGGAGGGGUUCAGACUCGAACCAUCCAGUGUCUCCAGCAAGGUCGGCCUUCAGCUGGCUGCCCGGCCCACCAGAGGCCCGUCACUUCUAGGGCAUGCAACACAAACUUUUGCCCUGCGGCUCCCCCAGCUCCUGCACCACACCCCGGCAACCGUGUUCUGUCUGCUGGACCCAUUCUGAAAGGUGACCGCUGCAUUGAUCACUUCAACUGGUGCCACUUGGUCCCCCAACAUGGCGUCUGUAAUCACAGGUUCUAUGGACAGCAAUGCUGCAAGUCCUGCUCCAGCAAGAAGCCGUAGAUCUUUUGAUUCUCCUCAGUCAGAAAGAGGCCUCAGCCACGGAAACCAACCGGGAGACAUCGCUCAUUACACACAGAACUCUGCCUAAAGUUGUGUGUUUUCCUCCUGGAGUGCUAGAGUGACGCAAGCAGUGAUGAUGAACAAGAGACAUUGCAUAGACUCGGUUACAGAGAGCAAUGCAACUCCUGCUGCUCCCCUGCCAAAGCAACCACAUGAACAGUUUUACCUUUGAGACCUCUGGAACUAGAACCGCAUCGUUAAAAUCAGACUUUUGAUUUCUCACAUGUUGUAUAUUUAAAGGCUUCUGUUAUGUUUCUUUUAAGUUAUUAUGGUUCGUUAUACAUCAUUUUCUAUUUUGUUCAUGGCGACGUGUUACUCUGUUCUGCUAAACCACAGGCUUCUGAUCUAUUCACCUCUGAAUCCAUGCGAUAAGGUUUCAUUUUAUUCUAUGAGUAAUCAGUGAUCAUCAGUUCUCCUUCACAUGUUAUCUGCUCGCCCUGUGUGGCGCCACUACCGCAUCACAAUUGGACGCCUUCUUCUGUGUAUUCUAUUUUUGUUAAUGCAAUGAAAACCUGCCUCCGCUGUAAAACAUUUUAUUCAGCCUUUUUCUUUUCUGUAUAUCUGUGGUAAAAAAAAAAAAAAAAGAAAUUGUUCAUAUAUGGA